CUCCUCCUCUUCAUCCUCCUCCUCUUCCCCUCUCACAGCCGCGGCGCUCUUCGUCUCCACAGCCUCGUCUCCAGAAGCAUGUCCCCAGACAUGCAGCAGCCACAGUGCGAUGAAGCGGACCAAAGGACAGCAGCUGCAUGACCGGAUGAAAGCAGUGGCCAUGGCGAUCAACCAUGAGGCCGGAGCUUAACAUUCCCAUCGGUGCCACAUUGAACACACUCUCCGAAUAUGUCAUCCAAGUGUGAGAAAGCCCAACGGACUGCUUAGCACCUGCCGUGCCAUCUGAGUAGGAGGCGGCAACAAAAGACCAAAUGCCAUGGAUGUAUUCAAUUUCACCUCCUGGAAUGCCUCCGAAGGCAACGACACAGAAGUUGUGGCAGAGAGCGAGAGUGCCUACAAGACUGUGGAGGUGGUGUUCAUCGUGCUGGUGGCCGGCUCCCUCAGUUUGGUCACAGUCAUCGGAAACAUCCUGGUCAUGCUUUCCAUCAAGGUCAACCGGAACUUACAGACCGUCAACAACUAUUUUUUAUUCAGCCUUGCAUGUGCUGACCUCAUUAUCGGACUGUGCUCCAUGAACUUGUACACGGUCUACAUAGUGAUCGGCUACUGGCCGCUAGGGCCAGUGGUGUGCGACCUGUGGUUGGCCCUGGACUACGUUGUCAGCAAUGCAUCCGUCAUGAAUCUCCUCAUCAUAAGCUUUGACAGAUAUUUCUGUGUCACCAAGCCCCUCAGCUAUCCUGUCAAACGGACCACCAAGAUGGCAGGAAUGAUGAUUGCCGCUGCCUGGGUCCUGUCUUUCAUCCUCUGGGCGCCUGCCAUUCUCUUCUGGCAGUUUAUUGUUGGAGGGCGGACAGUUCCCGAGAAGGAGUGCUACAUCCAAUUCUUUUCCAACGCUGCUGUCACGUUUGGCACCGCCAUCGCCGCCUUUUACCUGCCUGUCAUCAUCAUGAUUCAGCUCUACUGGCAGAUCUCCAGAGCGAGCAAGAGUCGCGUGAAGAAGGAUAAUCGCAAACCGUCCGCAGCCAACCCAGAACCCGUGUCGUCUGGUCCGAGGGGGAACAACACGCCGAAACCCAACAACAACAAUGUGCCAGGGGAUGACGCAGGGCAUUCCCAGAGCCAGAAUGCUAAUGCGGGGGCCAACGAGCAUGAUGGGAAACUGCAGAAUGGUAAAGGGCCCUCCUCACACGCCGAGGGAGAAACCGAGGGUGACGACGUGGUGAGGGAGAACUGCGCUCCAGGAGAAGAGAAGGAGAGCUCCAAUGACUCAACGUCCGGCAGUGCAGCCGUGUCCAAUCAGAAGGACGAGGAGGCGGUGCCGUCCACCGCCAACUCCAGCCUGGAGGCGAGUCAACUGCCCCCGCGUCAGCGAGCCAAGGCCGGGACUUCCAAGCUGACCUGCAUCAAGAUCAAGACUAAGUCGCCCAAGGGCGACUGCUACACGGCCUCCAACGCCACCGUGGAGAUUGUGCCGGCCACGGAGCGGCAGAACCACGUGGCGAGAAAGAUCGUGAAGAUGACGAAGCAGCCGCCCAACAAGAAGAAGAAGGCGGCGCCGUCACGGGAGAAGAAAGUGACGCGCACCAUCAUGGCUAUCCUGGUAGCGUUUGUAGCCACCUGGACUCCGUACAACGUGAUGGUGCUCAUCAACACCUUCUGCUCCAGCUGCAUCCCCAACACGGUGUGGACUAUUGGUUACUGGCUGUGCUACAUCAACAGCACCAUCAACCCGGCCUGCUACGCUCUGUGCAACGUCACGUUCAAGAAGACGUUCAAACACCUGCUUCUCUGCCAGUACAAAAAUAUCAGGUCGGGCAGAUAAAUGUGGGCAAUUAAUGGGCAGAAGAGCUAAAGUAAGAGUCGGGUGUAUUGGUGUGUUUGUGUGUGUGUGUGUGUGUGUGUGUGUGUGCGCCAUCCAUGUAUAUGUGUGUGUUGUCUGAGUGCAUGGUAGAGACUGCGAGAGUAUAUUUGAUAUAAUUACCCUUUCAUUCCUUCUAUCAUCCGUUUUUCCAGUAUCUCUCUCAACACCCAGUUGUAGCACUCGACGCCAGUUGCGUUGACACGUGUUGGGCAGAGGUGGCGGUAAUGAGGGUCUCAGAGUCUGAAGCGAUAAAACGAGGGCACGUAGAGUGAACGAGAGAACGACGACGAGGGGAGAUCUGUGCCGUACAAGAAUCCAGAAAACUUCAACAUGGGAAAAUAGGGCUUACUGAAUUCUCAAACCUCCGACGUUUGAAGUUCAGUGACGAUACCUGUACAUAAGUGUACAUACGCCGUGUAUACUCUUAUCUGUGUGUGUGUGUGUGUUCACCCAUGUGUGCCUCCUCUCUGUCUGUCUGCCUGUCUGUCUGUCUGUGAGAACCUCCCGUCAUGACACUCCCAAACUCCCAAGUCACAUGAGAGCGAGAGGCAAAGACGUUGUUGUGAACCGCAUCGCUGUGUGCCGCAGCUCGAAGUGGAUUUCAGUCUUUACUUAUCCGCCUACGUCUGUUUCAAACAGAUGCUUCAAUCGCUCUGUUUUUAAAAAAGGUCCAAAUUCCUGCCUCCACCCCGAGACGAUUUAGAUGAAUGCAGUUUUGUUUCUGCUCACAGCAUUUAAAAAAAAAAAGGAAGAAGAAGAAGAAGAAAAUAAAAUGAACAGCAGCAGUUUUUCCAUAAACCGUCGUCAGGGCGGUCAGAACCGUUCACAGACCAUGACUUUUGAUGAAACUUGCACACAGGAGCGUAGUUUUGCCACAAACAGGCACGUAUCCAUACAUAUGCAGCAAAUACCCUCACAUGGACACUGAAUUAAAGGUCCAAAAUUGGCCGAAAUUGAAAUUUGAAAUAAAAAAAGUUUGGUUUUUGUAGCCUUUAAUACGUACUUUAUGUUUCUACAGCAGCACAAAAGAAGAAGAAACAUAAACCAACGAUGGAGAGUGAACAGAGGGUUUAAUAUAAGGUUAUAUAUAAUAUCAAUAUCUAAUACAAAGCUGGGGCCCGGAGUUGCUGAGCUUAGAUCCUGCAGAACGGUAACAGUUAUGGCGACUGUGUAUAACAACCGCUGACAGGAAGUCUGUUUGUUUUACGGCGCCGUUAAGAUUUAAUGUUUUGCUGUCGAGUUGUUCGUCGCGGCGAGGACGCGUGUCUCCCACUCACUGAGCGAGACAGGUGGUCACUGAGCGAGACAGGUGGUCAGAGCUCAGAGCUGAGAGAAGCAAGCCUUUGUUAAAUGUGAUCUUAUUUAAUGUUAAUCCUGUGUGUGUGUGUGUGUGAGGUUUGGUGAGAGAUGACAUUUGAACCUGUGUGUGUGUGUGUGUGUGUGUGUGUGUGUGUGUGUGUGUGCACUCCAAGAGUGGAGUUUACUUGCGAUCGCAGGUUUUCUACCUCGUGAUUGAAAUAAGGGCUAUUUCUGCAUCUUCACUCGUUCCACAAACUCAUUAUAAAUAAUAAAUGUGAGCUAAUUCAUUUAUACCACGACCACAUUCUCAGAUUAGACGUGUAAUGAACGGUUGUCCUCGGUUUUAAUUAAAAAAGACAAUAUGAAUUUACUGACGUGUUCCGUGUGCUCACGCGUGUCAUCCAUCAUUUCACACGUUAACACCAUUCUCACGGUGACGCUAACGCACGCUGUUCAGUCGGAGAGCCGCGAUCAAGAGGUCGCCACAGUGACCGGUGGGCGGGGGCGUGGGCGUGGGCGGAGCUCGAGGCGGUCUCCUUUUUAAAGAGAGACGUGGGACAGAAGCUAUAAUGAAAACUCUCCAUGAGGCUGAUCAGAUUAUGGGAACCAUGUGGAACACCUACAUUUGAGAUUAAACACGGCCCAUUACACGCUCAGCUGGUGCUUUCCUGCACCUUGGACUCGGUCCCAGUCCUUUUAUGUCUUUACGGUCCUCUAGUCUCGUUUGGGGUUGUGAAAUGUAAAUAUGAUGUACAUUUAUGCUAAUUGGCUUGUUCCAUAAUGAAUCCUGCUCUUUAUUUAGAGUUGUCCUCUGGCAACAGCUAAGCUAAAUGCUAAAUGCUACGUCCAUGUUGCUUUAAAUAAAAACAGGAGUCACAUGGAGUUGAGGUUAUUGCCAGACGAGGUCCGUUUGAAUUAUAAAAGACAAUUACACCAGAGCUUCCACAUGCAUGACUGAUAAAAAAAAGCAUUCAGGGAAUUAUUCAGAUUUCACAGUGGAGCUUAAAAAAAAAGUGCUGAGUCAUGUGUUACACAACCACUGCGCCGGGAUUUCUCCAGUAAAAAAUCUGCAGAAAUUAAUACACAAUGGGGCGGAAUAAAAAAAAAGUAUCCGAGUUGAGUUCAUGAAACCGGGUCGAGAUGGUGAGUUUUUAAAAAGUGACAUAAAAGCAGCAUUUUUUUCAGAUUCUUUGGCUGCCAUUUCAUCCUCCAUUUGAGGGUCGUGGGGUGGAGCCAGUCGGGGUAAAAGGCGGGGCUACACCGGUAGACUGUGGAGAGAAAGUCAUUACAAAAACACUCUCAGUCACAAAGCCGGUUCUUUUUUUUGCUGUAAGGCAACAGCUGCUAUCCAACGUGUCUGUGGCCUCAUUUCACAGAUACUGACCAUGAUUUUACAACUCACUAUCAAUCAAGGGUGGCGUUAAUUACUAAAUUAUUAAAUUAUUAAGUUAUUAAAACCCCAAGACGUUACAAAGAUUUUAAAGCCAGAGAAAAUUUUUUUAUAUUUUUAUUAAAUGAAUAAAUAAAUGACUUAAAUGUGGUUUCAUCAGAUUUGAGUGACGCUGUCACGUCGUUUCAUUCUGAUUUAAUCAUGACCCACAAAACCCAGCCAAUAAAUACUAAUAAUAAUAAUAUCGUUCUUUAAGUAAACAGUGCUGCUCGUUAGAUUAUGAGAUUUAUCGCAUUUCCAUGAUUAAUAUAUUGUAAACUAUUUAUCAGAGGAGGUUAAGUCGUGUAAAACUCAAGAAGGGAUGAGUUCAGUGCUUGGUCGACGCUCUAUAAGCUAAAGUUCAGUGUCCGUCACGGGGGAUAAGUGGAGCCGUUUCUGUCAGGCUUCUGUCACACGUCAGAAUAUCUGAUUCAUCUUUAGCAAAGCUGUCGUUUGAGUGAUACCAGCGGGACAGUAAGUGGCUCAUCCAGGAGUCCCAGUCCAGGUCUCUGCCGCCCGGGUGUUUGAUACAAACCCGUGGAACUUUAUCGCCUCUCUGGACGAAGAGAAAGAGCAGGACCCGUCAGAAAGUCCUCGCCGCCGCUAUCUCCAUGUGCUUCAUUUAUAGUGGCGGGAGCAAAGUUCCCGUCAAAGUUCCUCCCUCCUCCUCCUCCUCCUCCUCCUCCUCCUCUCGUUGCCGAGCACACGAGAACAAAGCGGUGUUUGUGUAUCAGGUGUUUCUCUGGAGUUGUUGUGAUAUGACAGAUUGUGCGCUUGUAAUAGAACAAGAGAGAUGUUCGCUGAGCGGCUGUCGGGCAAAAAAAGGUGGCUGGCGGACGCCGACGUGCACGAGGGGGGUGUGUGUGUGUGUGUGUGUGUGUGUGUGUGUGUGUGUGUGUGUGUGGACCAUGUUUGGAGACGUCGCAGACGUCGCGAGCAGGUCAGCCAAAGGUUUUUGCCGCAGGAAUUUCUAACGUCUGCAGACACGUCACUGUUCAGCGUCGCUCUGGCACUUUUAUUGCAUCUCAUUUUCAUCGUGUGCAAACACUUUCCACGCCUUUCUCACCAUUUUUUAUUGUUUUUAUUAUAGAUCAUAACGUUCCCAUUUUCCCAGUGCAUUCAAAUCCAUAUAUGCCCACACUGGGGGGGGGCAAAUAUCCUGGUCUGUCUCCAUUGUCAUCAACACAUCAUAAUGUGCCGUCAGAGCCAGCUGGGCUCGCCUCCGUACGGCUUAAUGUCAAAGGGCUACGCUCCGACUGUGGAGCACGUGUACGACGUUGAUGAAGGUUUCUCCGGCUUCACUCUCUGAGGCCGUGGCUGGAUUAUAAUCUCGCGCGGCCUCGCAGUGCAGUGAGAAACACUCGCAGACGCUGUGGGAGUUUUAAUCCAAGAUGGAAAAAAAGUCUAUAUUUACUUUAUAUAAACAAUAUAUCGCCAGAUUGUACAGAGCAAUGUGCAGUGCCUUACUCAGAGUGACAGAAACAAAUUGCUCUUUUAUCCUGAAACUCACUUGUCCUAUCUCGAGUGAGUGAGUGUGUGUGUGUGUGUGUGUGUGUGUGUGUGUGUGGGCUUUUCAGCCUUGCCGAACCAUUAGUGUAAUUGUUUUCUUUUGUUGAGGACGUUGUGCGUCUUAGCUCUGAGCUCCCAUCGCUGCAUUCAAACGUCACUUUUGGGAUGUGACCUUGAUGAAUAAGGAUCUACACACACACACACACACACACACACACAGACGACUGUCAGCCACCGUCUGGUGUGGACUGAAUCAUCCGUCUGUAGUUUUUACUCUAUCUACAUGUGACAGGUCAGUGUCUGCAGAGGCGCAGCUACAACUUUUGGGUCCCACUUUUAUAUCUCGCUCCAUUUCUAAACGUAACAACUGGCGCUUUGACGGCGGCCGCGCGGCUCUGGUUCCUGGAAAUUUGAGUGUGUGGUUGCGUUUUACACCUAAAAAUAUCAUAAACUAGUUUGGAAGCGAAGACCUGGUCCCCACUGGGAACCAAAGAUCGUUUUUUUCAUUGCAAAGUCAUCAGGACGACGUAGUGGUCAAAAUGGGACAAGACAACAUGGAACCCUGUUUGGUUAACUAGCUUAACUAGUGUGACAACCCGGAAUAUCAUGUCGUGUUUUCGGUUCCUUUUUAGAUUCGAUUAGGUUCAUGAACCAGAACCAGAACCAGAACCAGCGUGGAGUCCUGUCCGUGUGAAAGUGCUGUGGUAGAUAACGAGUCGAGGCUUUAAAGGAAAAUAUUACACACGGAUGAUUUUUCUUUUAUAGAAUAAUUCACGUGAUCUUUAAUCACAAAAUCGUACCUAAAUGUAAACAUUCAAUAAAUAAAUUCAGUAAAUAAACGUCUUUGUUGGCAUUGUCACACUUGCUGUGGCAGGGAAUUUAAUCUCUCUCUCUCUCUCCAUUAGUUUUCAGAAAUGUGUGAACAAAACUCCUUCUUCUUCUUCUUCUUCUUCUUCUUCUUCUUCUCCUCCUCCUCAUGUCACUUGGUGCUUGGGCUUAAUAUUAAAGUUAUUUCACUUUCCUUAUGAUAGAGUAAUCAUGAUAAUAAUAAUAAUAAAACUCUCAGUGCUGAGCCCCUGGAAUCCUCCUUACAGCGCCCCCAUGUGUACUGUGUGUGUGUUCAUAUUUGGCACGGAGGAAAGAGGACUCAUUAUCUGUGUGUGUGUGUGUGUGUGGUGUGGUGUGUGUUUUCCAAACAGUCGGGGGGAGGAGCGUGCUUCGUCUCUUCCUCCGUCAUCACUCGUUCCUCUUUUAAGAAAACAGUCUCGAUAGCAACAAGCUUCCAAAGACUCGCUGAGAAACACACACUGGGGUUUUCAUAGAAACACAUUAUAUUGUACAUUUUCUAUCACAUUUUAUAAAAAAGAAAAAACUCAUUGUACAAAGGACAAAAUGUGCUAUUAUUAUUAUUAUUAUUAUUAUUAUUAAAAACAA